AUGAUCAGAACAGGAACUCGGUUUAGUCAUGCUGUGUUAAAAGGCAUAUCAAGUGCGGAGCCGUCAACCAGUUGGAAGUGGUUAGGAACAUUGUUCGGUCUUAGGCGAUCAUUUUCAUCAACAAGUAUUUAUCGAAAUACUGGCUACUAUGCAUUAUUUCCUAUUGUACCGAAUGCAACACCAGAAAAUAACCGAUUUGUCGCUAAUAUUUACAAUGCAGAAGAUUGGCCAGUAUUUGGUCUUUCUCCGUUAGAAAUGUAUGAUGGAACAGUCCGAAUGUUGCUGGAAUAUGGAGCUACAAUACAUGAUCACAUGAAAAGAUUAGAAGAAACAAAACCAGAGGAUUUCACUUUUGAAAACGUUAUUGAACCAUUUAUUCCUGAAGAAGAACAAGUUUUGUAUGCAUUUCAUACGCUCUGGACGCGUAUGGUAACAGAUUGGCCUAUUUCCAAAGAACUACAUAUCGAUUUUAUGGGAAUUCAUGAAUUGGCCAUCAAUGAAAUUUCUGCCAAAUGGAAGCACGAUAUUUUUUUUAAAGCAAUUAAAACACUAUAUGAACGAAAUGAAAUCACAGACAAAUGGAAACGUCGACUUGUCGAUUUUUACUAUCUUCAGAUGAAGUUAUCAGCUAUGGAAGAAACUCAAAAAAAACAAGAACAAUUUGCAGGACAUGACAGUUUUGUUGAACAUUAUAUACUUAGAUAUAGAUUGGUUUUACGAGAUUCAGAAGCAAUGGAAAAUAUUGAAAUCACUGAUCGCGAAGUAUUGAAGGAUGCACCUCCUCAAGUAUUGCGGCAACUUGCAGUAAAUAAAAAAGAGUAUGCAAAAGGACCAUGGAUGAUAACUGCAUCAGCGAGGUCAGUAAAGCCAUUGCUAACGUAUUGUACUGAUAAGGCCAUUCGUGCAAAUAUUUGGAAUUAUUGGAUUUCUCGUGCCUCUCAACCACAUAGUUUGGCUCGUGUAACCAGUAAUUCUAGAACUAUUGAAACGAUCAGGAGACAUCAAGCAAAAAAAGCUGCUGUGCUUGGAUUUUCUACUUAUGCUGAAUACCGAUUAGCAUAUAAGAUGGCGGAAUCACCAGAAAUUGUACGGAAAUUCACGAAAGCUUUGGCAAGAAGGAUGAGACCUUUAUUUAAUGAUCGAAUGCAGGCAUGGUCCACUUUUGCUGCAGAAGAAGAGAAAAUUUAUACAUUGACUCUCGCUGAUUUAUAUUACAUUUGUCGUAGAGAAGCUGAGAGUUUUCAUGAAAUCGACUUUACGGAUGUCAUGCAUCACUUUCCUUUUUGGCCAACAUUCGAGAACAUCUUAGAGACUCUUUCAUACGUAUUUGGUGUAUUCUUCAAAGAUGUGACGGACAAAAAUCUUGAUCGGUGUCACCCAGAUGUCCGUAUUUUUUCUGUUACAGAUUCUACUGGGCUACAUUUGGGUCGUCUAUAUGUCGACCCUUUUGAACGACGAAAUAAAUGCUGUGGCAGCACAGGGAAUGGAUGGGAUAAAAUUGUCUAUAUGUUUGCUAAUCUUAGUGAAUUCAGUUCACAAGACUCAUGUACACUUUUGCAUUAUGAUGAAUUGCAAAAUCUUCUUUUUUAUGUUGGUCGUGCUAUGCAGCUUCUGCUCUCCCAGUCACCAUAUAGGGAUUUAACAAUACCAUGGUCAAUUUAUCAAGCCCAUGAUGUUGACGCUUUAGAUCUUCUUCCGACUUUUAUUCAGUUUUUCGUUUUCAAGCCUUUAUUGUUGGCUGCUUUAUCUUCCAAACAUUUAGUAAGUUUGUGGAUUACUCGUUGCUUAUCUAGUGUACUUAUUGCUCAAGGUUUAGCCAAAACCGGUGAGCCAUUAUCGGAAGCUAAAGCAAAUGAUAUUGCACUGGCUUUAUCACGUGGUUCAUUUUAUGAAACUUACCGUACCCUUUUCUGGGCAGAUUUCGACCUCUCACUGUUUGACAUGAAAGAUGCCGAUCAGGUUAUUUGGCAAGAAAUAUAUGAUGACAAACUGAAGGAGUAUUUUCCUUUUAAGCGAGCCACAAAUGACAUGCAACCAUGUUCUUUUGCUCCUAUUUUUGGUCGAAGUAUGUCAAUGGGCAUGUAUUACAGUCGCUUGUGGACAGAAAUGUUGGCUCUCGACAUCCACGAUACAUUUGAAAAAGAAAAUGAUGUUUGUGCUACUGGGGAUCGCCUGAAAAAAACGAUUUUGAUUGAAGGUGCCAGCCAGCCACAAAGAGAACUUUAUCGGCGAUUCCAGGGACGUGACCCGAGCCCAGAUGCCAUGUGUGAUUUCUAUGAUCCUCCUCACUACCACAGCAUUGCUAGUUCCAACGAACCUGUCCCUUUCCUGAUUGCCAAUAAAGGAACACCGGAAAAGAAACUAGAGGCGACAUGA